UUGAGAUUUGAGAAAAUAUUUAUCAAUCGAAUGAUCAAUACGAAACGAAGAAUAAACAAUGCUAUUGUAAUAAUAAAAUAUACCUAGUGGCUAGUGCUUGACCAUUCGGAGCGGUAUCUGGACAUAUGUAAUCAGGAGAUAAUUAAUUUAUCAGUCGCGUAACAACACCGCACCUAUAUUGUGUUCCGGCUAUUAAAUAAUUGUUAUUUAUUAUAAGAUUAAACGCAAAGAUGAUGAACGCGCUGUGUAGAGUUCGUCCCUGUUCAAAAUCUAUAAUUAUAAGAAAUUUGUCGGUGACCAGUGCUUGUCUGCAAGACCAGUCAUGUAAAUUGCUUGUGAUUGGCGGUGGGACUGGUGGAUGCACUAUGGCGGCUAAGUUCGCUAAACGAAUGAAGAAAGGAUCUGUGAUCGUUCUAGAACCUAGUUCUGACCACUACUACCAACCGCUGUUCACGCUAGUUGGCUCCGGAGUGACCACGGUCGAAGCGACCCGCCGCGACGCUAAAAGCGUUCUACCCUCCAACGCUAUAUGGUUACAAGAUUCAGCGGAACACAUAGAUCCAGAUAAAAGUGUGGUCAAAACAGCCAAAGGAGACGAAAUAAAAUAUGAGUAUGUGGUUAUUGCGGCUGGACUGAAGUAUGAUUAUGAUAGGGAGACCACCCUCCCCUACGACUUGCUACACGUGACCCCGCCCAUGUCGACCCCACAAUUCCUCAAUAGCUCCCCUCUAGCUGAUAGCACCGGUUAUUUGGACGUGGACAAGUUCACCCUACAGCACAAGAAGUAUACCAAUGUGUACGGUCUGGGGGACUGUACGACCACGCCGAAUAGUAAAACUGCCGCUGCUAUUGCAAAACAAGCCUACGUGCUAGAACAGAACCUACUCAGCACGAUGUCGGGUAACAAGCCACAACACAAGUAUAACGGCUACGGCGCGUGCCCGAUCGUCACGGCAUAUGGCAAGUGCAUACUCGCAGAGUUCCUGUACGACGGCGUGCCGUACGAGACCAUGCCCGUCAACCAGGCCCGUGAAAGUACGCUAGCGUACUACAUGAAGAGAGAUCUUUUCCCGUUCCUGUAUUGGCAGUUUAUGUUAAAGGGUAACUACCACGGUCCAGAAUUUGUGAGGAAAAUUAUCAACCCCUUCGCUCCUAGUUUUUUUCUCAAAAAUAUUAGAGUAUCGAAUACAUUAAUCCGACACUAUUAUUAUGCUUGUAAGAAUGAGUUUAGACCGUGUUAUAGAUGUAAGGUAUUGGUGGUUGGAGGAGGAACCGGUGGCUGCAGCGUGGCUUGGAGACUGCAUAAGAAACUCGGUGACAAGGAUAUCAUAUUGAUAGAGCCUUCGACGGUACAUUACUACCAGCCCCUUUUCACGCUAAUUGGUGCAGGGAUAAAGCCCUUUUCACAAAGCCACCGACCCUUCAAAUCCCUAGUGCCACCAAGGGUCAUGUGGCUGAAAGAUCAAGUGGAUGAAUUCGAUCCAAGUAAUAAUAUUGUCCAUACAAAAUGCGGGUACAGGGUUCGGUAUGAAGUCAUGGUUAUCGGAGUUGGCUUGAAGAAUGAUUAUGACAAGAUCCCAGGUCUAACUCGUUUCCUCAACGACCCUCUAUCACCCGUGUCCACCAUAUAUUCCCCACAACACUGUACCAAGUGCUGGUGCUGCAUCCAGCAGUUCGAAGGUGGUCACGCUGUGUUCACGUUCCCGAAGGAAGUCGGCAAGUGCUCUGGUGCAGCACAGAAGAUUAUGUACUUGGCGCAUGAUUAUUGGUCACAGCGUAAAAUUCGUCCGCGAACGAAUAUAACCUAUGUAACAACAAAAACCGCUCUCUUUGGUAUCCCCAAGUACGCAGCAGCUUUGAACAAGAUCGCCCAAAACAGGAAUAUGGCUGUUAAUUACCAUUUAGAGCUGGUCGAAGUGAAAUCUCGUGCUGCUGUUUUUAGAGGAUCCAAUGGCCAGACUGUAACCCUCCCAUACAACUUCCUUCACGUGACUCCUCCCAUGUCUCCACCGGCUUGUCUUACCAAAUGUUCCGAAUUAGUUGAUAAAGGGUAUUUAGAUGUGGACAAGUACACCCUGCAACACAAGUGCUACCCUAAUGUGUAUGGGAUUGGGGACUGCUUGAACACACCGAAUAGCAAGACUGCUGCUGCUGUAGCACAACAAAGCGGUAUAGUAGCCCAAAACGUCUGGGACACAUUAUAUGGUAAACCACCAAUAGCUAAAUACGAUGGAUAUGGAGCAUGUCCCAUUCUUACAUCUUAUAAAGGCGGUAUUAUUGCUGAGUUUAAAUACGGAGGGACGGUUUGUGAGACUCUACCAGUUGAUCAGGCUAAGGAACGUCGCAUAUGUUUUUAUUUACAAAACAAUAUAUUUCCCUAUUUGUAUUGGAAUCGAUUGUUAAAAGGAAAAUGGAGUGGACCGAGCACUAUCCGGAAAAUUAUUAACCCGUUUGGCAAAAGAAACACACAGUAACAUAAAAAAAAUAUUUAUUAUAACAUAACAUAAAAAAUGGUAAUUUAAAAACACAGUCCUUAGUUGUAAAUGAUCAGUUUUAUGUAUAGUAGAGAUUUUACUUCAAUAUUUGGUAUCGCUCAUAUUUUUCACUAUAUUGUAU